AGACGGCAUUUUUUCUGCUCAAGCUCUGAACUUGUGAGAUUCUCUUUUACCUUUUUUAUCCUUUUUAAAUACUCAUUUCAUUUGUAACCCGCACUUCAUUAGAAAAACGAUGGGAAUUAGACUUGGCUUCCAUUUCACAAUAAUAUUGUUUUCUCUAUUUUCUCUGCCAUCCUUUACCUUUGCUUUUGCCCCUAUCAUUCCAACAUUUCCUUCUGCGCUUCGUCAAGAGUUAAAGCAACACUCUCCUUCAGCCCAAAAUGCCCUUUACAGAACAAAGUUCUUUACCCAAACACUUGAUCAUUUCAAUUUUAAUCCCCAGAGCUACAAAACAUUUCAGCAAAGAUAUCUCAUCAAUGAUACCUACUGGGGUGGUGCCAAGAAGAAAGCUCCAAUCUUUGUCUACACGGGAAAUGAAGGAAACAUAGAAUGGUUCACACAAAACACAGGCUUUAUGUUUGAAAAAGCUCCUUAUUUUAAAGCCCUUUUGGUUUUUAUUGAGCAUAGAUUCUACGGAAAAUCAAUACCAUUUGGGGGAAACAAAAAGGUUGCAUAUGCAAAUAGCAGCACACUUGGGUAUCUGAGCUCAACUCAGGCCUUGGCUGAUUAUGCGACCUUAAUAAUUGGUCUGAAGAAGAAUUUGUCAGCCACUGAUUCCCCUGUUGUGGUGUUUGGAGGAUCCUAUGGAGGAAUGCUGGCUGCUUGGUUUAGGAUGAAAUAUCCACAUGUUGCAAUUGGAGCUUUAGCAUCCUCUGCUCCAAUCCUCCAUUUCAUGGAUUUGGUUUCACCAGAUAUCUUCAGCAGCAUCAUCACACAAGACUUCAGAAGCGAAAGUGAGAAUUGUUACAAAGUGAUAAAAGGGUCCUGGGAAUUAAUAUCUGACACGGCCAACGAACACGGAGGAGUGGAACUGCUAAGGAAAUCAUUCAGAAUAUGCAGUAAUGAUAUUGGCGAAGGUGCUUUGGAAGGUUGGCUUAGAACGGCCUGGACUUACACAGCCAUGACAGAUUAUCCCACUCCAUCCAAUUUCCUCAAUCCCUUGCCACCAUAUCCAGUCAAAAAGAUGUGCGAGGCGAUUGACAGCUCAGUGGCGGAAAACAAUACAUUGGGGAAGUUGUAUGCAGCGGCAAAUAUCUACUACAAUUACACGGGCACUGCAACGUGCUUCGAUUUGGAUGACGAUUCAGAUCCUCAUGAUCUUGGAGGAUGGCAAUGGCAGGCCUGUACAGAGAUGAUAAUGCCCGUAGGGGGAAGCAAUAAGGAGAGCAUAUUCCCAGAAUCAGAGUGGUCAUACGAAGCCAGAUCCUCUUUCUGUGACUCUUUCUUCGGUGUAGAGCCAAGACCCCACUGGAUUACAACUGAGUUUGGUGGCCAUAGUAUUGAGAGAGUUCUGAAAAGGUCUACAAGCAACAUUAUCUUCUUUAAUGGUUUAAGAGAUCCUUGGAGUGGUGGAGGGGUGUUAAAGAAUAUAUCAAAAACUAUAGUUGCUAUAGUUGCAAAAGAAGGAGCACAUCAUGUAGACCUAAGAUACUCAACUAAAGAAGAUCCAAAGUGGCUUAAAGAUGUAAGGAAACAAGAGGUGCAGAUCAUAGCAAGUUGGAUUUCACAAUACUAUCAAGACCUACAAUCCAACAAUUAAGGGGUUUUUCUCUUUUUUUUUUCUAUCCUUCGAG